UACUGUGGCGCGUGUCGGCCGCAGAAGUCGAGACGCCGCCACUCGUGACUUAGUGGUGAUACAAUACUGAUGACGGGAGUAGUUUUUCUUUUCUUUUUUUAAACAGGGCCGUUCGGUGGACGAACUUUUUUUUUUCUAAAAAAGAAUCUUGUCAACAUCUAUUUUCCCCAAGAAAGGAUUUAUCGAUUUAAUUCGUGUGGCCAAAACUGAGUAACGAUGCCAGCCGACAUCAUGGAGAAGCAGACGGGGUCCCCGAUGGCUGGUGCCCCUGCAAACGGAUCACACACGCCGGACAAGCCCAAAAAUGCCAGUGAGCAUAGAAAGUCAUCCAAGCCCAUUAUGGAAAAAAGACGCAGAGCAAGAAUCAACGAAAGUCUCGGCCAACUUAAGACGCUCAUCCUGGACGCGCUAAAAAAAGAUAGCUCCAGACACUCCAAGCUGGAGAAGGCAGACAUCCUAGAGAUGACAGUGAAGCACUUGAGAAACCUGCAGCGAGUGCAGAUGAGUGCGGCCGCUCUCUCCCCUGACGCCGCCGUGCUGAGCAAGUACAGAGCCGGCUUCAACGAGUGCAUGAACGAGGUCACGCGCUUCUUGUCCACUUCGGAGGGGGUGAAUGUGGAGGUGAGGUCGAGGCUGCUCACCCACCUGUCGGGCUGCAUGAGCCAGAUGAUGGCCAUCAACUACUCGCAGCAGGCCGCGUCCCAGCAAGCUCACCUCACUCAGCCCCUGCACGUCCAGCUGCCCUCCACCCUGCCCAUCAGCCCCGGCGCCGCCAUGGCCUCCAAACUCAGCCCGGCCGAGGUCGCUUCCCCCAAGGUGUUUGGGGGCUUCCAGCUGGUGCCCGCCUCCGAUGGACAGUUUGCUUUCUUGAUCCCCAACCCGGCCUUUGCAGCAGCCACAGCCCCAGUGAUCCCACUUUAUGCGAAUGCCGGGCUGCCCAUGGCGGUCAACGGGCCCUCGGCGGGCACCGCCGCCUCACCCGUACACGGCAUGACCUCCUUCUCUGGGGGAUCCCAGGCGGUCAGCCCGGUAGGAGUGAGUCCCGGUCCGGACGGCGGCGAGGUUGUGUGGCGGCCUUGGUAGAGCCUCGCCACCAAAAGCCAGCAUGGGGAACACAACCAUGGAACUGUGGGACUGCCACUACGUUUGAAUUCAGACCUGCAGCUGUUACGAGGAUCUAACCUGUGACAUUUCUGUUACGCCACCCCGAAAAUGUUCAUGUGGCACUUUUUGUUAUGUUUCGUUUUAUGGAACAGAAGCCUUUGAUGGAUCAUUAUCAUUUAUGACCAGUUCCAAUUGGAUCUUGGUGAUAAAUAACCUGUACAUGCAGAUGUGUUGAUUUAUAGGAUUUUUGCUAUAAAGUACUUUUUAUAAAAAGGUUUAGUUUUGUACAGAGUUGUUCUUGAUUGUUACACCAAAGCUGUUUUAUAUUGUUUUGCUGUUUGUUAAAGAAAGAACUGGUAUUCUUCCAAUGUUUGAAUAAAUACUGUUGAAAAAUACAGUCUCUGUGUUAAGUC